AUGGAAAAAGAACGAAAAGAAAGACAAGCUAAGAUAGAAAAAGAACGUGAAGAGUCAAGACAGAAAAUUCGUGAUAAAUAUAAUAUCAAGAAAAAAGAUGAGCUCUCCACUCCGGCUCACAUUAAAACGACGACGACGACAUUAAAUAAAAAUCAAACAAGAGAAGUUCAUCAAGCGUCAAGUGUAGAAAAUCAAGGUGACAAAUUAGAUAAAUGUGAAUUAUGUGGACAUACAUGUGUUCAUUGGUCAAAAUUAACACGCCAUUUGAAAACUCAUGACCGUGUUGCUAAUCAAGCAUUUCAUUGUUGGUAUUGUGUGUUGUCAUUUUCUGUUGAAAGCACAUUAGAAAAACAUAUAUGUCUUUGUGAACGUAAUCAACAAAUUCUGGAUGUAUCUAAAUAA